GCAGGAAAGAGCCAAGGCCGGACAAGGUGACGCAGUUUCCGUCCCUGCCUGCCCUGCAUCCUGCCCAGGAUGCUGCCGCCGGACCCCGUGACAGGGACCAUCCUGUUGGUUCCAUCCCUAGGAAGGAGCUUCCUGGCUUUGGGGGGACAGCGGAGAAAGGAAGGGGGACCCCAGACACCGAGCAGGUAGCCAUGGCAGAGUGCACGGAGCUGGAAUGGGCCGUCCAGGUGCUGGUGAACAAUUUUGACAAGUACUCGAGCCGCCGCUGCUGCUGCAAGAAGCCCCGGCGCAUCAGCAAGAAGGAUUUCCGCAAGAUGCUGAGCUGUGAGCUCAACCACAUGCUGACGGACACCGGGAACCGUCGAGCGGCCGACAAGCUCAUCUGCGACCUGGAUGAGAACAAAGAUGGCCGCAUCAGCUUCGAGGAGUACUGGACCUUGAUAGGUGGCAUCGCCAGCCCCAUCGCCCAAAUCAUCCGCCAGCAGGAGCUGAGCGUCAAGCACACCAAGUAGCUGGCAGCAUCGGACCCCCUCCCUUGGGAUCAGUCGUGUGUGUGUCCCCCCCAUCCCCAUCCCACCCCCCAAACCCUGGGCUUAAA